AUGGCUUCUCAUCCUCCUGCGCAGUGCUGUACCAUUGGCGUCAAGCACAGCGGAGAGCCCGUCGGCCAGCUUAUCAAGGUUGCUGGGAAAUGGGACGCCUAUCUCGCUACUCCCCCGCCCGACAACACCAGGACAGGCAAGGGCAUCCUCUUUUGCCCCGACGUUAUAGGUAUCUGGCAAAAUUCCAAGCUCCUGGCUGAUCAGUUCGCUGCCAACGGCUACCUUACUCUUGUAAUCGACGAGUUCAAUGGCGAUCCUCUGGAUCUGAACCGGCCCGCCGACUUCGAUUUCACAGCUUGGCUCAACCAUGGCUCGGACGGCAAGAACCCACACACGAAGGAAGCUGUGGAUCCUAUCAUCGUCGCCGCGAUCAAGACUUUGAGGGAAGAGUACGGAAUUGAGCGCGUGGGUGCUGUAGGAUAUUGCUUUGGCGCCAAGUACCUUGUUCGUCACUACAAGGACGGAAUCGAUGUUGGCUAUGUUGCCCACCCAACCCUUGUUGAAGAAGAGGAACUCGCGGCCAUCACAGGUCCUCUCUCUAUUGCGGCCGCGGAAACCGAUCCCAUCUUCCCUCCCGAGAAGCGUCACAGGUCGGAGGAGAUUUUGAAGGAGACUGGUCACCCCUACCAGAUCACCCUGUUCUCUGGCGUCGCCCACGGCUUCGCUGUCCGCGGACGGGCCGAUGUCCAGGUGGAAAGAUUCGCCAAGGAACAGGCAUUCCUUCAGGCUGUAACAUGGUUCCACGAAUUUCUUGCCUAA